AUGGCAGCCAUCUAUACGAGCUCCUUCCUAAGGUCUUUAUCCUCCUCAAUCCAAACUAACAACCGUCUUGCACCAGACUUAUGGCAACGCUUGACCUCCCUUGCUCUAUCUAGAGUUACGCCUACACGUCGUGGCCUUCGUGGUGGUAACAGGAGGAGACAAGUCCUACCGAGACCCGUUACGGUGCUGGAAUCUUCCAUGGGACAGCCCUUGUCCAGCUAUGGCAGUUUUCUAGCCGACUUCCCAGGCGAAAAGGUAAACCUCAAUGGCGAGAGUAAUUUACAUACUGCUCCGUCUUCCACAUUAAAUAUUCAGAUUGACACCUUACAGCGUGUUGGAAUAAACAACGGUUCCAUUCCGGUGAUCAAGCCUCGAAAUCGCCUGCGGGACCGGCCUUCUGGUCCCCAGCGCCCCCCGGGCAUGCACGGGCGAAACCUUUCACGUUUUGCCCCUACAAUUCCAUCGAAUCAGGGGAAAGAAAACUCAGUGUUUGGCCUUAGUGCACUACUCGCUAACACCAUGUCACUAGCACCCAAGAUUGACGAGGUUCGUUCUGUUGUCCUGGAUCUAAAACCUAAUUUAAAUAGGCCUAAAUAG